AUGUCUCUUGUUUUAAUUGUAGCUUCCUCUAAAGACUGGACCUGCAUUGAAUCCUGCUUCUGCUCCUGUUUCUGGAACUUCAGGAGUUGCAACAUCAGCACGACCCCUGGCGACGGCUACCGCCUUCCUCUAAAGACUGGACCUGCAUUGAAUCCUGCUUCUGCUCCUGUUUCUGGAACUUCAGGAGUUGCAACAUCAGCACUCCCCCUGGCGACGGCUACCGCGUAUACUGGCCCUUUUGUUUCCGUUACUAGUACUUCAGGAGUGGAUAAUCUACCGGUACAUAUCCUACACCAUCUACCGCUUCCUCUAAAGACUGGACCUGCAUUGAAUCCUGCUUCUGCUCCUGUUUCUGGAACUUCAGGAGUUGCGACAUCAGCAGCCCAAGCACAAAAAAUAAAAAAACUGGAAGCUAAAUGUGAUUUAUUGAGGAAGAAAGUAAAAAAAUUAAAUGAAAAAGUGCGGCAGCAAAGGAAAAAAAUUGCAGAGUUCCAGAAUAUUAUAAAAGACCUACAGGAAAGGAAUCUAGUCAACAACGAGAACUCUAUAGUUUUAGAAGCCUGCGUGGGUCCCAAAGACUUUUUAAAGAGGCAAAUUUUGAAAAGUGAAGGCUUGCCUUUGGAAAAACAAUAUUCAGAGGAAACUAGAAAAUUUGCCCAUACACUGCACUGCAUUUCGCCGAAGGCCUACAAUUUUGUGCGACAAACGUACAAUACAUGCUUGCCUCACCCAAGGACUUUAAUUAGGUGGAAUCAAAAAAUAAAUGCGGAACCCGGCCUUUGUGAUGAAGCGUUUGCUGCUCUCCAAAACAAAGUUCAGGCUAGCGACACACCAAUUGUGCCCUAAAUCUCUAAGGAUAAUUUGUUAAAUCUUAUAGUUCUGACGCCUAGAGACAUUUACAUCUCUAAAUAUUAUAGAUUUCUUUUCUGUGUUUUUGUGUCUGUAUUUUUUAUAUUAUACAUCUCUAAGUAAUUGUAAUACGUUAGUUUGAACUGGUAGUUGCAGUUAGUUGUAUUUUAUAAAAUUGUUGAUGUAUUGUUAUUAUUUUUGCUUGUAUGGAAAUUCAAUGUUGAGGUGUAAAAGUGCCCUUGUGGCCUAUUUGCUGAAUAAAUGUUGAAGAAGUUGAAGUUGAAGAGCGGAAGUCAUUCCUUAUUUUUGUAAUUAAAAAAGGACAAUCAUACUUUUGACUAGAUGAACUUCAAGUCAAAGUGUUACCGUUU